AUGGCGCUCAUCGAGGGCGUCGGUGAUGAGGUGACGGUACUGUUCACGCUGCUGCUGGCGGCCGCCGUGCUGGGGCUCGCCUGGGCCUCCACACGCGCUCCCGAGCCCGCGGCGCCGGCGACUGAGGCGGCCCCGAGCACGGUCCCCGCCGAGCGCAAGGCCCCCACCCCGGCCCAGGCCCCUGCCGAGGGAGCGGCGGCCUCCGAUGAGGCGGGGGGGCUGCGGCACCGGAACCCUCCCGCUGCCACCCCCGAGGGCCCCGCCGAGCCCACGCUAGUGCUGCGGCUCAAGUUCCUGAACGACACGGAGCGCCUGGCGCGGGUGCGCCCCGGGGACACCGUCGGUGCGCUCAAGAGGACCUACUUCCCCGGGCAGGAGCAGCAGGUGCGGUUGAUCUACCAGGGGCAGCUGCUGCGUGACGAUUCCCAGAGUCUGGCGGGGCUGCACCUGGGCCACCUGAGUGUCCUGCACUGCCACCUGUCCCCGCCUAGCGUGGCCCCCGCGGCUCCCGGCACGCCCGGUCCCCGCAGCCCCGCGCCCGCCGCGCUGGGCGUGGGCAGCCUGGCGCUGCCGCUCUUCGUGCUGCUGCUGGCCCUGCUCUGGUACCUGCAGCUGCAGCACCGUCACGUCUUCACCGCCACUGCCACCACCUGCCUGGCCGGCCUCACCCUGCUCAUCACCUUUGUGGCCUUCGCCAUGUACCGCAGAUAGCGCGGCCCUGACCAGCACCUGGGACACGAGGGACCUAGAGCCACACCUGGGACAUUUAAGAGUCUGCCCAGGCCACCUGGGACAUGGAGGGCUCUGCAUUCAGCCCGCUCAACAUAUCGGGGGCACGUUGGGCCUGCCUGCUGCACCUGAGGUGGGGGGACUGGGCCUUGUGCUGUGUCCCCCACAGGCCCAGGAGUCCCGAGCAGGUGUCCAACCACACCCUGUCUGC